AGAAAAGGCUGAUAUCACGCUGUCGUGCGAAACUUUGCAUCGAGAGUCAAUCUACGUCGGAGCUACGAAUCUGAACGAAUCUGGCUUGUUGUUUUGCUAGUCAACAUGCUCUUUUCUAUCUUAUCUGUGUUUCUGCUCGCCCCUUCACUCCUCGAUGCUAUUCCCACCUUUUCGCGCGCUGCGCCAGAAAUCCGCCAGAUCUUCACUUUCCCAAACAAUACUUUCAUCGAGAACAUUAGAGUACGUUUUAACGGCGAGCUCCUCCUCACUUCCAUGAGCGUCCCAACCCUCUUUGAGAUCGACCCUACAGCAUCGACACCAAAUGCAUCAAUCGUCUACACCUUCCCCAACGCCACUGGCCUCGCAGGAAUCACCGAAACCGUGCCAGAUACAUUCGCCAUAGUAUCCGCGACAUGGGAUCUCGUCAACACACGCGCAAUACUCGGUACAAUCGUCGUCUGGACCAUCAACCUUGGUUCCACUCCACCGAUCGUCCAUCGAAUUGCCAACGUCACGAACUCAACAAGCUUCAAUGGCAUUGCCAGCAUUCCAGAAUCACCAAAUCUUAUCCUCGCAGCAGAUUCCGCAAUUGGUGCAAUCUGGCGAGUCGAUCUUCUCACUGGCUUGUACGGAAUCGCAUUCUCAGAUCCACUAUUUACUCCGAUUAGUACAGCCCAGGGAUCGAAUCUGGGAAUCAACGGCUUGAAGAUCAAGGACGGGUAUCUGCACUUCACCGAUUCAGCUCAAGGCAUCUAUGGCCGCGUCGAAAUCGACAGCCUUGGAAACAAAAUCGGUGCUGUAGAUCUGAUAGCGAACAUCACAGCCUCAGUAGCGACGGGUGGUGUUUAUGAUGAUUUUGCGCUGGAUCGUAUGGGGAGGGCCUGGAUUGCUACGCAUCCGGAGUAUGUAGUUGAGGUGGAGCUGAAUGGCAGUCAGGAGGUUAUUGCUAAUGAGACGCUGCUGUUAAAUCCUACGAGCGCUGCUUUUGGGAGAGGAAGUACUGCAGAGGAGAAGACGUUGUAUGUUGCAAAUGGUGGGCUAUUUGCCGGCGAUGAUUUGGUUGAUGAGGGGGUUGUAGCUGUUGAUGUUAGUUGCUUUGGGUAGAAAUUGGUGAUGAUGAAUGAACAUAUCGAGAAUUGAGUCUCGUUUCUACAUCAAAUGAGGGAGAAUUGUUUCUUCGAUAUCCAGACAUUUAGUUGAGAAAAU